AUGUCUUGUCCUCUCACCUCCAUCGCGAAUGCUCCUUGGUGCUUCGACCCUGCAGCAGCAUGCGACGGCAAUGCUGACUGCCCAUACGGAGCUGACGAGUGGCCGGGCUUCUGUGUCAACCUUACCAGCUCCUCCGACUGCCCCUUGUCUCCGAACCAAGUGCUUUGCCCCGGUAAACAAGCCUGCGUGACAGGUAUGGUAUGCGACGGCGUGGCGAACUGCGCUGCGGUGGCGGCCGAAGGGGGAGGAACAGUUGUUCCGGACGAGGAUCAGGAUUUCUGCUCGGUGUACGAGUGUUCAGAGGGGUACUGGAAGUGUUCCGAUGGGGUGCAGUGCAUAGGUGAAACGCUCAAGUGUAACGGCAAGGCGGAUUGUAAGGAUGGGAGCGAUGAGCAGGGCUGUAGUGUGUCUUCUGGGAGCGGUGGCGGUGGCAGUACGACUCCGCCUCCAGUUGUAACGCCUCCCCCUCAAGAUGUAACGACCCCUCCUAAAGAUGCAACUGGUGGAGGGACUACUGGGGGGACGUCUGGCGGGACAUCUGGAGAUGAAACGAGUGGAGACGGGUCGGGAGAUGAAACGGGAGAUGAAACCAGCAGGGACGGUGGGGAAGAGGGAACGGGGGAUGAAACCAGUGGAGAUGAAACUGAGGGUGGUGAUGGGACUGCUGACGGAACCGGUGGAGAUGAAACUGACACGAGUGGUACGGUGGACGAAGCCGAAGGGGGGAACACAGUUGGUGCGGGAGAGGGAGGACAAGGGGGAACCGGAGGGGGAGGGGGAGGAAAAGGCCAGGGGAAAGGAGCAGACAAAGCACCACCAUCUCAAGACCACCCUCCUGCCAAGAAGAUUCUGCCUGUCAUCCCUCCUGUUCCAGGGUCACUCGGAAAGGCUCUUGGCGACGCUAGCAGCUCAGUCAACGAUGCAGCCCAGAAUGCAGCUAAGAAGGUCGGAGAGGUUACAUCAGUAAUGAAGAAGCUUAUAGCGGAGCGCAACGUGAAGAAGGACGGGAAGAAGCCCAUGCCGCCGGGUUCAGGGUCGAAUGGGAAUGCUGGGGCUGGAGCAGGCGGUGCUUCAGGUGGUUCUUCAGGUGGAAAUGCAGGUGGGGCUGGUGCUGACUCGGCAAACGCCACACCUGAACCUAGCUCUACUCCCAAAACCCCUAGUACCACUGGGGGAACAGGAGGCAGCAGCAGCGGCAGCAGCAGCGGCGGCAGCAGCAGCAGCAGUGGCACUGUGAAGGCUCCACUGGUGGGGGCUUUGGUGGGGGAGGUGGUAUCUAAGGCAGGAAAACAGUUAGAUGCGGCGAGGAAUGCGGUGAAUGCAGCAAGUAAGAAAGCGGUGGAGCUGGGGAGGAAAGGGAAGUCAGGUGGGGGAUCGGCAGGAGGAGGGGUUAUGAAACCUGUUCAGGGGCCUAAGGGGGCUAUUCAGGGUGCUUCUCAGGUGAAGAAGUUGCAGCAGAAGGUUGCUGCUGGUUCAGGUGCUGCUUCAGGUGUCGUCUUAAGUGGGAAGGGCAAAAUGAGCAAGCUGAGUAAGGAGAAGAAGGGAAAGAAGAAGGAUGGGAAGGGUGGGUUGACAGUGAAGGCGGGACAGAAGCAGAAGGCAAAGAAGAACCACCAGCGAUCAAGGAAAGGUUGA